UGAAGCUCUCUUGGCCCUUCAUUAAUUACAUUUAAAUUUCCCGCGCAUUAGCUUCCACCACUAUCAUAAUAAUAUUAUCUGUGGUGGAAGCUAUGUUCAUUCCAUAAUUGGAUUUGCUCUCUGGCUUCGGACAUUCAAAAAUAUAACGUGCUUUCUUAAUAGAUUAAAAAAACUUGCAGAUUUAAAAAAGGGUGAAGCAAUAUCUUUCAAUGUUGUUUCUCUUUGCAGAGCAACAACUUGGUUCUUUGUUUCAUUACAAAACACAUUACAAAACAACAUUGAUUAAAGCUUUUAGAAACAAUGGAUAAGUUGAAGUUUGAAUUUAUUGUGAAACCAGGUGAAGAUCCAAAAACAAAUGUUAUUUGUAUAACCUCAAUAACAGAUACCGAAAAAAAUGUGUUCUUAAUGCCGGAAAAAUUACAACCGGUGAAACUACACGAUGCGGUAAUAAAAACCCAAACUUUUCAAAAAGUAAAAGCUACGUUGCAAAGAAGACACGAAAAAAGGCAAGUAUGGAUUUCAGCAACAGCAGAAUUACGUGACACUUACAUGGACCAAGACGGAAAUAUGCAGUUCCAAGGAUAUUUACUGGAGGAGAUUACAUCAAAAACACAACAACAGAUUUUUACUAAUGAAACUUCGACGGAAACUCUUACAAGAAUCCUGGAAAACUUUGCUGAAUUGAAGAAGGAAUCUAAACAGUUUAAUUUAAAACAAAUAUCUGAAAUGUUUGUAAUAGAAAAAUUCACAAAAAAAACCUCAAGUGUAACACAGUGGAUGAUCAUCUUUGAAGCUGAAUGUACUCGUAUAGGUAUAGAUGUAGAUAUUCAAAAGAUUCAAGUGCUUAGGCUAUUUCUGGAUGAUUCUUGUCAAGAUUGGUAUAAUUCUAUGCUUAUAAAAUAUACAAUUAAUUCAGAAUGGGGUAUUUGGAAAAAAAGCUUUUGUGAAACAUAUGUGAACAAAGGCUGGACACCAAUAAGGUAUGCUAUUUUGUUCAAAUAUAGGCAGGGCUCAUUAUUGGAAUAUGCUCUCAAGAAAGAGAGGCUUUUAUUAGAGGUUAACAAAUUAAUAGAUAGACCUACCUUGAUUGAUUUAAUUGUAACAGGGCUGCCUAAUUUUAUAGCGGAUGAAAUUGAUAGAAAUAAAUUAAGAGAGACUGAAGAUUUAUUUAGUAUUAUUCGGGGCUUGGAACACUUAAUGAAUAAAAGGACUGUGGAGAAAAAGGGAAUAGAUUCGGAUUAUAAAAUAAAAGAAAAAAAUUUCAGAGCCCGACCAUGCAAAAUCUGUGAAAAAGAAAAGAAGGGAAUUAGGUAUCAUUCAGAAUCUGUAUGUUGGUUCAAAAAUAGAGAUAAUGAUUGCUCUAAAAAAGAGUCAAUUAGGAAUGUUAAUAAUUCUGAAUUAGAAAUAAGUUUAAAUGAAAUAGAUCCAAAAAACUAAUUAUUCCACCAUUAAUCAAAGUUAAGCUUAUAAUAAAUGAUUCCUUAGAAAUAUUAGGUGUUUAUGAUUCAGGAUCAAAUGUAAGUUUAAUUAAUUCAAGACUAUUAUCCUUAAAAAAAAAAAAAAACAAUAAUAUCAAUAACCAAGCAAAUUUAAAAACGAUUAAUGGUGUAAAAAAGUCAACAGGAAUAGUAACAUUAAAGAUAAAGAUUUUUGAAAUAGAAAAAAAUAUGAAUGUGUUUGUAAUUGAUGAUCAAAACUUUGAUUAUGAUUUUCUGAUUGGAUUGGAUUGUAUAAAAUCUUUUCAACUUAUUCAAAAUGAAAACUUGAAAAUCACACAAAAUCUAAACAAAAGAGAAAAAAAACAAAAUAAUGAAAAUAUUCCUGGCUUCACAGGUAACAAAAUUGAAAACAAACAA